UCACUUUGCAACCUCGUGAUACCUAAAAUACCUUCUAUCUUACAAAAGCCUCUCACUCUUGAGCUCACAUAGCUCUCUCUCUCUCUCUCUUUCUCAUAUGAAAUUUCGACGGAAAACAGCUUUUGGGAUUGUCCGAAACCGUCAUUACAAAACAAGCAUGUAGAAGAUAAGAGAGAGAGAGAGAGAUUGUUUUUCAUUCUUUGUUGUUUUCGUUUUGUUUGGGUUUGAGAAUUUGAUACCCAAAUGGCGGCAGUGGGUUUUGACUCUGGGUCAGUGUGGUUAUUGUGCUUCGUAUCGCUGCUUUUACUACUGAGUGGGCGAGUUAACACUGAGCCGACUCAGGACAAGCAAGCUCUCCUUGCUUUUCUCAACCAGACCCCACACGCGAACCGCGUACAAUGGAACUCGUCUGACUCAGCCUGCAACUGGUUCGGAGUCGAGUGCGACCCUAAUCGUAGCUUCGUGUACUCCGUUCGUUUACCAGGGGUUGGGUUAGUGGGUGCGAUUCCAGCCAACACACUCGGCCGGCUGAGUCAACUCCGAGUUCUGAGUCUCCGUGCAAACCGUCUCUCCGGCGAGAUCCCCUCAGAUUUCUCCAACUUGACUCUCCUCCGUAGCCUGUACGUUCAAGACAACGCGCUCACGGGCGAGUUCCCAGCCGGGUUGACUCGGCUAACUCGGCUGACUCGUCUCGAUCUCUCAUCCAACAAUUUCACAGGUCCAAUCCCAUUCUCAAUCAACAACCUCACCCACUUGACCGGUCUGUUUUUAGAAAACAACGGCUUCUCCGGCGCGCUACCUAGUAUUUCAGCCCCUUUGGUUAACUUCAACGUGUCCAACAACAACCUCAACGGUUCGAUCCCUCAAACGUUGUCGAAAUUCGACGCUUCCGCAUUCGCCGGAAACGUAGAUCUAUGUGGGAAACCGCUCAAUAAUCAGUGCAGCCCAUUCUUUCCUUCACCAGCUCCAUCACCCAACCCCGAAAACCCGCCUCCGAACCCGUCUCAUAAAAAGUCCAAAAAACUAUCCAAAGGCGCUAAAAUCGCAAUCGGAGUCGCCGCGGGUUUACUAGCUUUAAUCCUAUUGCUAAUCCUCUUCCUCUGCCUCAAAAAACGACACCGUCGCCGACAAACAGCUAAGCCACCAAAGCCUCCGUCAACGACGGCACGCACCGUAGCGGCGGAGGCUGGAACGUCGUCGUCUAAGGAAGACAUAACAGGUGGUUCCAUUGAGGCUGAGAGGAACAAGCUGGUUUUCUUUGAAGGUGGGGUUUAUAGCUUUGACUUGGAGGACUUGCUGAGAGCCUCGGCGGAAGUGUUGGGUAAAGGGAGCGUGGGGACGUCGUACAAGGCGGUGUUGGAGGAAGGGACCACCGUGGUGGUGAAGCGGCUCAAGGAUGUGUCGGUGAGCAAGAGAGAGUUCGAUAUGCAAAUGGAGGUUCUGGGAAAGAUCAAACACCAGAAUGUGGUUCCUCUCCGGGCGUUUUAUUAUUCCAAGGAUGAGAAAUUGCUCGUCUAUGAUUUCAUGGCUGCUGGAAGCUUGUCUGCUCUUCUUCACGGGAGCAGAGGGUCAGGUCGGACACCACUAGACUGGGACAACCGGAUGAAAAUAGCACUAAGCGCGGCAAGAGGUUUAACCCACCUACAUGUGUCGGGAAAAGUAGUUCACGGCAACAUAAAGUCCUCGAACAUCCUCCUCCGGCCCGACCAGGAGGCAUCCGUUUCGGACUUCGGGCUCAACCCAUUGUUCGGUGCCACGACCACCCCGAACCGUGUCGCGGGCUACCGUGCACCAGAGGUGGUCGAAACCCGUAAGGUCACGUUCAAGUCUGAUGUGUACAGUUUUGGCGUAUUGUUGCUAGAGCUAUUAACUGGGAAAGCACCAAACCAAGCUUCAUUGGGUGAGGAAGGCAUUGAUCUUCCUAGGUGGGUGCAAUCAGUUGUAAGAGAAGAAUGGACAGCUGAGGUAUUUGAUGUGGAGUUGAUAAGGUACCCUAACAUUGAGGAAGAGAUGGUACAAUUGUUACAAAUAGCAAUGGCAUGUGUUUCAACCGUACCCGAUCAAAGACCAUCAAUGCAAGAGGUGCUGCGUAUGAUGGAAGAUAUGAAUAGAGGUGAGACUGAUGAUGGAUUGCGACAGUCGUCUGAUGAUCCAUCAAAAGGAUCAGAGGGUCAAACCCCUCCCCCUGAGUCAAGGACUCCACCUUAGGAAAAGGAAUUCUUGGAAUUUUGGAAAAGCCUGGAGAGAAAAAAAGCAAAAGAUAACAUGGUGGCCGGUCUUCAAAAAAGAAAAAAAAAAUCUGCACAGUGCGUAAGUAAUGGAGUUGGAAUGCGCAGUUGAUUGGGGAGUCAAGGAUUCAGGGUGGUCCAAUCCAAUAUGUGUUUUUCAUUUUCAUUUUCAUUUUUUUGAGUUUAUUUUUAUUUUUUAUUUUGAAAAGUUUAAUUUGCAAUGAUUUUUACAGGUGAAGGAAGUUGAAUUGUUUAUGAAGGGGGGUUGGGGAGUUCCAUGAACUGAUUGGAAUUGACCAUUUGAUGGAUUUUUA